GCGAAAGCGGGGGUGCCGGCGCGGGUGAGCGCGGCCGGGCUCCGGCCGGGACUGCCGCAGGGAUGGCGGCGGCGGCCGUGAGGGAGUUACCCCCUUUGGCGAGGGUCCCGGGCCUCUUCAUAACCCCCUGAGCUCCUCUCCGCGGUGCGCGCAGCCGUUAUCCCUCCCCGCGGGAGGGCCGGCGCCGUCCCGGCACUGCAGUCGCCAUAGAGACCGCGCCGCACGCCAUGGGGCGGAGGCUGGGCUGGGGGGCGCCGCUCUAGCCGUGUGCCCGUCCCUCCCUGCACCGCGCAGGCCAUCCCCCACGGUGGCCGGGGGCGCCGGGCGCCGCAGGGACUCGCCGUGCUGCCCCGAGCAGCCAACGCCGACACCUCGGCCCCGUUCCAGUCACUGGUUAAAUGGAAGCCGCUCCUGGGAUCUGGAUGGUUUCUGCUGACAUAGACUUUGCAUAGCAGCUCCAUCGCCUCAGGAGGUUGCAAUGAGUGGCGGAGGGGAGCAGCCUGAUAUCCUCAGUGUGGGAAUCUUGGUCAAAGAAAGAUGGAAGGUGUUGAGGAAAAUAGGAGGCGGAGGAUUUGGAGAAAUUUACGAUGCAGUGGACUUGCUUACUCGGGAAAACGUUGCACUGAAGGUCGAAUCAGCUCAGCAGCCAAAGCAAGUGCUGAAAAUGGAAGUAGCUGUGCUGAAGAAAUUACAAGGAAAAGAUCAUGUCUGUAGAUUCAUCGGAUGUGGAAGGAAUGACAGAUUUAACUAUGUGGUCAUGCAGUUGCAGGGUCGGAACUUGGCCGACCUGCGUCGGAGCCAGUCUCGAGGGACAUUCACCAUUAGCACCACUCUGCGGCUUGGGAAGCAGAUUUUGGAAUCUAUCGAAAGCAUUCAUUCUGUGGGAUUCCUGCACAGGGACAUAAAACCGUCUAACUUCGCAAUGGGACGUUUUCCUAGCACCUGUAGGAAGUGUUUUAUGCUGGAUUUUGGCUUGGCACGGCAAUUCACCAACUCAUGUGGGGAUGUCAGACCACCACGAGCUGUUGCUGGGUUUCGAGGAACAGUACGAUAUGCAUCAAUCAAUGCUCAUCGAAACAGAGAAAUGGGUCGGCAUGAUGACCUUUGGUCCCUGUUCUACAUGUUGGUGGAAUUUGUGGUUGGUCAACUGCCUUGGAGAAAAAUAAAAGAUAAGGAGCAAGUGGGCUCCAUUAAGGAAAGGUACGAGCACCGACUUAUGUUGAAACAUCUUCCUCAAGAAUUUAAUGUCUUUCUGGAACACAUUUCUAAUUUAGAUUACUUUACAAAGCCUGACUACCAGCUUCUCAUGUCAGUGUUUGACAACAGCAUGAAAACAUUUGGGGUUAUUGAAAGUGACCCUUUUGACUGGGAGAAGAGUGGAACUGAUGGCUCUCUGACAACAACAACUACUUCAACCACACCCCAGUUACACACUCGUCUUACUCCAGCUGCAAUUGGCAUUGCCAAUGCCACACCUAUCCCAGGAGAUUUGCUGCGUGAAAACACAGAUGAAGUGUUCCCUGAUGAACAGCUCAGUGAUGGAGAGAAUGGUAUUCCAGUUGGAGUCUCACCAGAGAAACUGCCUGGAUCCCCUGGGCACCAGCGUCCUCAGGAAAAAGAUGUUUGGGAAGAAAUGGAUGCAAAUAGGAACAAGAUAAAACAAGGGAUCUGCAAGGCUGCCACAGAGGAAGAAAACAGCCAUGGGCCAGUGAAUGGAAUGCUUAAUGCACCAAGUCUUGGUUCUCCAAUCCGUGUUCGCUCAGAGACCACACAGCUAGAGAGAGAUGCUCCACUGGUGCGAAAGCUGCGUUCAAUUCACAGCUUUGAGUUGGAGAAACGUCUCACAUUGGAGUCAAAGCCAGACACAGACAAAUUUCUUGAGACCUGCUUGGAGAAGAUGCAGAAAGACUUGAAUGCUGUGGCAGAGACUCCUGUUGCUGCUCCUCCUCCUCCUUCUCAGAAAACACCGAUUCCUGCCCGCAUGGACCAUGUUUGGCACUAUGAUGAAGAGUAUCUUCCAGAUGCUUCAAAGCCUGUGUCAGCGAGUUCUCCGGAACAUGUCGAUGGUGUUAUUAGCAAUGGAUUUGUAGCUGUCAACCUAAACUCCUGCAGGCAGGAGGUUGAUUCUAAGGAAUGGGUGAUAAUAGAUAAGGAACGGGACUUGCAAGACUUCAGGACAAAUGAAGCGCUAGGACAAAAAAUGACUGGAAGUCCCUCAGAUGAAGAGCCAGAGGUACUACAAGUUCUAGAAGAGUCUACUCCAGAAGAGCAGCCCAAACAGGGUGGUUGGGCAGGAAACAAUGUCCAUGCCAAGAACCAAACCUCAGGGGCAGAGUUUGUUCUAGCUAUGGAGUGUCAUCCUGCUGUUUCCGAACAGCUUACGGAUAAAUUGGAACUUCUGUCUGGAGCUGCUGGACAGCUUCUUGCAGCCACCCCUACAAGUCCUAUGGAAGCUCAAGCAGAAGGAGCACUCACUCCGGUAACAAUACCCAGACCUUCAGUAGCAUCCACACAGUCUGCUUCAGAGAGCUUUCAUUAUGGCCACCAGCUAGAGAAAAGAGAGCAGGAUGCUCAUUCUAUGGAACACACUGUGGAACUUUCCUCACCAAAGGAAAGUUUGCCAGGUUUGGUUGUGACAGAUGACGCGUGUCCAGCUAGUGCCAGCAGACCAGAUUUGGUCCUUAAUAUCAGCCAAGAGGUGCUUGACCGGGAAGGAGAUGUCAAAGAAUGUGUCAAUGUUCUGGAUUGUGGCCAAAAGGACCUACCUGAACAACAUAAUGAGAUACAGGAAGAGAAAGAACUUGAAAAUAUUCCUGUAGAGGAGGCCGAGGAAGAAAGGCUUCCAGUAGUUUCUGAGGAUGCCAUUGAAAUGUUAAGCAAAGAACAGAAUUCUUCUUUGCCAGGAAACUCAAAAUCUGCAGAGGAAGAACCGCUAACAAAUACUGAAGCUGCUGAAGAAUCAAAGCCAAGGCCUGCCUCUUCGGGGCCAAAUCAAGAUGAGGUUCUGAAGCUGAUAGAACCUAAAGCAUCAGAAUUUUCUCCCUCACAACUUACCAACUCUCAUGUUAAUAGGCAGGCAAGCAAAAUAGCACCAGUUCAGGAAAAUGGUUUUCAUUCUAAUAAGGAAGAAGUCCAUAUCCAAGACUUGAAAUGCCACCAAGUGGCCCUUACUACUUUUUUGCACCAGGAGGACAAAAAAGAGAAAAAUAGUCCCAGAAAUGGAGAGUUACUCCACUGCAUUUCAGAAAAUGAGAGUUCUCAUCGAUCUAGGAGGGACUUAGUUAAAUCUCCUUUUGUAUUCAGGCAGAGCCGAAUCCCAGUUUUAGCACAAGAGAUAGACUCCACAUCAGAGUCCUCUUCUCCUGUUUCAGCAAAGGAAAAGCUUCUUCUAAAAAAGGCCCAUCAGACAGACUUGGUCAGACUACUUAUGGAAAAAAAACAGCUCAAGUCUUUCCUUGGUGACCUCUCAAGUGCCUCUGAUAAGUCAUUGGAAGAAAAAGUGGCUGCUGCUACAGUACCAUUUUCUGAGGAUGAUGUCUUAUCCUCAAUUUCUAGGCUGACACUGGACUCUCAUUUCAGCAAGCAGACAGAAGAUAGCUCUUUAUCUCCAAGCAGCCCUCAGGCCAGAAAAAGCAAGAUUCCAAGGCCAGUAUCCUGGGCAACCACUGAUCAAGUCACCAAUUCAAGUUCAGCUCAGUUCUUUCCACGGCCACCACCAGGAAAACCGCCUGCUAGACCUGGGUUAGAAGCUAGGUUACGCAGAUACAGAGUCCUAGGGAGUAGCAGCUCGGACUCAGAUCUUAUCUCUCGCCUGGCUCAAAUCCUACAGAACGGAUCUCAAAGACCAAGGAGUUCUACCCAGUGUAAGAGUCCAGGAUCUCCACAUAGUCCAAAAACACCACCCAAAAGCCCUGUCAUCCCCAGACGCAGUCCCAGUGCCUCCCCUAGGAGCUCUUCUUUACCCCGUACUGCCAGUUCUUCUCCAUCCCGGGCUGGGAGAACCCAUCACGAUCAGAGGAGUUCAUCUCCACAUCUUGGGAGGAGUAAAUCACCUCCUAGCCAUUCAGGCUCCUCAUCAUCUAGGAGAUCCUGCCAACAAGAGCACUGCUGCAACAAACCAAGCAAGAAUGGUCCAAAAGGAUCUAGCAAUUCCUUCCACCAUUCCUCAAACACUAAGACUUCCACGGGAAAGAAUAAAUCAACCACUAAGCUUAGCAGAUAGGAACUGGGCCUUGACAGGAUCUCUGUAGGGAACAUAAUGGUACAGCACCUUUUGCAAUAUUCAGAAGAGAACAGUGGGUCAGAAUAGUCGCACACAAAAACGCAAGCCUGGGAGAGACGCAGGCAGCUCUCCCUAAUUAUGCCUGUUGUGGGGACGCUGGAUGCAAAGGAGACUUGUCAGUUACUGAUCUGCUUGCUGUAGUCAUAUUCCUCUCCAGCCAGCAUCUGUGCUUUUUUUAUUUAACCUCUGCCAAAUGAAUACCUUUGGAUUAAAAAGGGAAUAUUUUUGUCUCUGAGCUAACAUAUUCUAAUGCUGCAUUAAAGCUGCCCUGGAGCUGCACUGAAUUUCACUUGCUUUGUCAGACGAUAUUGAUUAUUUUUAUUCUUCUCUUCUUUCUUUCCUUAUUAUGACUAUGUAUAUUAUUUCCCAUGUGUAAUGUAGCACAGUGUGGAACCUCAAUUUCAUUCAGGUUUCAAGCACUACAGAUGAAUGCAAUAGGUAGGGUAUACCUGCUUUUUCUGAAGAAACUGAACCAUUGGAAAGUCCUAUUCCUUUGUAUUAUAUUGUAUGAUAGGUGCUAUACCAAUAAUUGCAUGUCCUCACGGUAAAUUAUAUAAUAUAAAUAUUUAUAUAUAUACAUAUAUGUAUAUGCUUAUAUAAACUCAUUCUUUCUCAUUUUUCCUUUGUAAUUUAUGGACCAUAAAUAAUACAGUUCCCUUUCUGUUCGUUCCCGAAUACCUCUGGAAUUACUUCUUCUAUUUCCCCCUGAAAAAUUACGGAAUGCACAAAUUCUAAUAGCCUUUAUACCUUGGUACAAGACUGAAGGACUGCUGCUUUCUCAACCAGCCUGUUUUGUCUUGCAGCUUGCUUUUUUAAUUUAUGAUUUGUGUGUGCAUUUGCUUAUGGAACAAGAACAGAGACUCAGAGGUAUUGUUAUUUUUUAUUACGAGUAGGGCUUGUGGUUACCAAUUCUUAUUUCAUAAUGUGGAUUCUUAAUUGUUAUGUAUACUUGUCAUAUAGGAGCAGUGACAGUCGAUAAAUACCAGAUGAAUGUGACAAAAUCAUCUUUUUCUUCCACUUGUCCUCAUGGUUCCUUACUGUACAUCAUGAAAAUAAUUUGGUCCCAUUGUGAUACUUUUGCCCUAGGCACUGCUGGAAUUGUGUUAAGGUGGUGUGGCAUCCUCUGAUUAUUUCCUCCCCCUUCUCCCUUAUUUCUGAAAAGCAUUUAUUGUGGUCUUGUAAUCUUAUUCCUAUGUUAACACGGUCAGUUUUAAUAGGUACCAGCUUUAUGCAUCCUUGCCUGAAAUCCUGAAGUUGAGGUGUUUAUAUUUGCUCUCCAGUGUAGCAGGAUCCAGGAACAGGGUUGCUUUACAGGUGAGAAAGAAUAUAGCACCUAAGGAUUUUUUUGAUGCUGUCUUCAGAGUUUAGACUUGUCCAUUGUUACACAUUGCUAUGUAAAAUAAAUCAUUGCUGUAGAAAUUUACUUGUACUUGAACUACUUGCCAAUGUAAAAAUAGUAAACUAUGCCAAAAUAGAGAAAGAGAUACCGCUUGUGAUUGAUGACCCAGGCUUCUUUCAGUCCAGAACAAGGUAAAAGGACUGUGUAUCUCCAUCUGCUUUUUGCUGUGGAUUCAGCAGGAUCCUAGUGAGAAAGUCAUGAAGAAAUGAAUGGAGGAGUGAUUGUGAAUAAUUUACCUUGAACUACCCGCUCUUCUGGAGUUUUUUAUUGCUUAAUGCCCUCCCCCCCUGAAGUUUACAGAAUCGCUUACUGUAGUCUAAUGUAGCAGUCAGUGUGGUUAGGUAGUAGUCAGCUGAUCAACUCAUACAUCAAUAUUAGCUUAAUAUUUCUAGAGGGCUUGUAUAAUCAUCAAAAACUCUGUAAGCUUCAAUAUUUGAAUAUGCAACUGACUGCAUAAAAAUGCCAAUGUACAUGUGUGUGGCCCUUGUGCAGGGUGUGAAUGAAUGGUUUAUGGAGGAUUAUCCACAACAAAUUUUCAGGGAUGGGGAAGAUUUUUCUCCAUUGUACAAAACAGUUACAGUUAUUCUGCACAGCACACAGCAGCCUACACAGAUAUUUUAGCUGAGAAACAGUAUAAACCAAGGAGCUGUUGCUUUGUUCCCUUUGAGCCUCCACUUCUUUGGGGACCAGCACACUGGAGCCAUGACAUGUAGCAGAUGCAGAUGCUGCACAUGCAUCUCCUCUUUACGGUGUUCCCCAUAUUGUGGCCAGCACUUUGUAGUGCUUUGUAUUUUGUAGAGAAAUUGAAACAUAAAGCCUUUAAACUCAAUUAGAAAUUGAAAUGACUGAACAUUUCACACAGACUUUUGUGCUACAAUAUUGCAUGGUGUAAUCAAUCUACAUUUCAACCUCAAAAAUCUAUAUUAAUCUCAUUAAUUACAAAUGCCAAUUACUGCUUAAGUAAAACCCUGUUAAACGUAAUAGAAGGUGUGAUACAGUAGAGCAGCACUGGCAAGCUGCAUGCUGUAUGAUGCUAGGCACGUAUCUACUACUUCAGCAGGGUUGGUAAGCAUAGCAAAUUUUCACUGCUCAAAGGCAGGAGCAAUAUGAGGUCUUAACUGCUAGUUACAUACGAUGAUUCAGGAGGCAAACCCCUGGGGAGUGACACGGGGCAUUUGUUAUAGCCACCAGCCACAUCCUGUCUUGGGAAAUCUGGACAUGUUCUUGCCUUGAAGUGUGCAUGAUUGAGAUCAAGCUUUCUCGCAUACCUCACUAAACACUCUUAAUGUAAAGGGGAGGAUCUGGUCCUGUAUAUUUUAAAAUAGCUUGAAAUAUUUUUCAUCUGAAAUAGACUUGCAAGAGCUCUAUCAUUCACAAUUUGUAGUAUUAUGGUAUGACCUAUAGUUGGGAGAGACACAGUUUUGAUUUUGUAUCUAUAAAUACGCAUUUGUAUAUAAGUGUAGAUAUACACUUAUAUAGAUACUGUAUAUUAUAUAGAAGCAUACAGAUAUACAUACAUCCAUAUGUGUGUAUAUACAUAUACUUAGGAACAGCCUCACCUGUUGCAUCUUGUUUACUGGAAUUCAUUGGCCAGAGUGAGCUGAGGCCUGUUUUGCUCUGACUUCCUCUUCAUCUACCAUAAUUUCACUUUGCCCUAAUUCUGAUUCUGUGUCUUUUCCAUAUUCCAAAGCCUGAUCCUAUAGUCCUACUUGGGCAAAACUCCCUUAAGUCUUUCUUACUGCAAAGUUAUGCAAGGUUUGACUGUAAUGCUUAUCAAAAGUAUGUUGUUUUUCUCUUUGAUGAGAAUGUAGACGAAGCCAGGCUUACUGUACAGACUCUUUCCUGUAAACAGAAUUUUUCCAUAAUGAAUUUGACAUUUUUGUGGAACACUUGGAGAUACACCUUCUGGUAAGAAGACAGUGACUAUUCCAAUUUCUUAAAAGGCUUUAAUGGCAAACUAGUGUUAUGUGCCUCCGAAUUUUAUGUAUCUGUUGAAAGAGAGAGGAAUCUUAUGAAAAGGAAAAUUAGAAUGAGAGCUCAAAUUCACAUUGGUUUCUCAUAGAUACAUGAGAAAUACAUUGAUUGUAAAAUAUAUUGAUUGUAAUUUUCUUCAUGCAGUACUGAUCUUUGAGGUGACAAGAGUCGUGCCUGCCCUGUCAGUUCCAGAGAGGAAGGGGCUACUUAGGUGUUUAGGUGAGCAUGGUGAUUCCCUUACAGCAUGUUCUCUAUGGUUCCACUGCACAGAGUGGUCAGGGAACUGUCAGCUCUAUAAAUAAAAGCCCUGGCGAUUACCUCUGGUUCCUUUCUUCAGCUGGUAAAAGCUUUGGAUGCUUGUUCCUGUUUGUGAAACUCGUGGAACAGGGCAUAAUAUUUUUAUUCUACUUUCAGCUAAUCGUGUUAGGCAGUAAACUGAAGGGGUUUGUUGGCUGGUUUGCUUUUGGCUCCAAUUUCAUUGGAGGCAAUUACUGCACUUUCCAGAGACCAAUAAUGCUGGUAAAUGGAAGCAGUGUUUACGUGUUUUGACUACAUGCAAUACAUGGGCAUAGGUCAUACAUUUCUUGGCUAAUACAUACCAAUUGCAUAAACAUGCACCUCUCACAAGAAUACCUCAGCUGUCUGCUUGAAGUCAGUCUUCCUUUUGCCUACAUGUAACAUUUGUAAAAGAGAAAAUGAUA